AUGUCGUCAAUUGUUCGCUUGAUCCAGGAGCAAUUUAAUGCUAUUAAAUCGGUGGGUGGAUACAAGAAUGCCUUUCGACGACUGCUUCGGGAAGGCAAUGUGAGGACAGGCAUUCUAGUAGGCACAGAUAAGUAUGGAAAUAAGUACUUCGAGAAUAAUAACUAUAUGUUUUCAAGGAACCGCUUUGUGGAAUAUCCGUAUGCGGGAAGACUGGAGUUCGAUGCAACUCAAAUACCCCCAGAAUGGCACCGAUGGAUGCAGUUUAUGACUGACGAUCCACCAUCUAAAGUUCCUCCACCAAAAUCAAAGUUUGACAAAGAUCGUGAAUUGAAUUUAUCUGGCAGUGCAAAAGAAUAUGUACCAUACAGUACAACAAGGCCAAAAUUACAUGCAUGGACUCCCCCAAAGAUAUAG